GUUUACUAUUCAACAGAAGCGUGGACACUAGCAAUGGGUAAGAGUGCAUCAAAGCUUUCGAAGGAUGAGCUGGCGUCGCUAAAGAAGUCGACGUAUUUCGAUCGUCGUGAGCUUCAGCAGUGGUACAAAGGGUUCCUACGGGAUUGCCCCUCAGGACAGAUAACCAAGGAGGAGUUUGUCAAGAUAUACAAGCAGUUCUUCCCCUUUGGUGAUCCGUCAGACUUCAGUAACUACGUGUUUGACGUGUUUGACGACGAUAAGAACGGCACGAUAGACUUCAAAGAGUUCAUAUGUGCUCUGAGCAUCACGUCGAGAGGCUCGUUGGAGGAGAAGCUCGUGUGGGCGUUCCAGCUGUACGAUCUGAACCACGACGGCAAGAUCAGCUACGAAGAGAUGCUGGCAAUAGUGAGUGCGAUAUACAAGAUGAUCGGGUCGAUGGUGAAACUUAACGACGAUGAGGCCACGCCUGAACUCAGGGUACAGAAGAUCUUCAAGCUGAUGGACAAGGAUGAAAACGGAGAGAUCAGUCUUGAUGAAUUUAGAGAAGGUUCAAAGAUCGAUCCUAGUAUCGUUGGUGCUCUCAACCUGUACGAUGGGUUGGUCUGAGUACUUGUAAGAUGGCUGUAUCACAAGUGUGUGUGUGUGUGCUUUCCGUGAGUACUUGUCUGGCCUCCCUACAUUAUACAUAGUGUUGCCUAUCCAUUCCCUUUCUCUUUUGCAGACUAAUUAUAUCAGUGCCAUGAUAGAGGCCAUUCUAUACGUUGUUGUCAUCUCAAG